UUGACAGAUUCACUCCUUCACACAAAAGAGACAGAUUUAAAGGACUCACAAAAGAUGGAGACUUCACAGAGGUCUCCCGUUCUGUCAUCCUUUCUGAUCUCAAUAAUAGUUGUGCUGAAUAUCAUCGUAUGGAUGCUUCUGAUGUCAGCAGUGGGAUUAGGGGCAAUGCACCUACAUGACUGCCCCUUACAGCCUUAUCUCCCCAUCUACCUGCUGGUGAUCGGGGUGACGUCCGUCACCUCCCUGCUCCUGUCCUACCUCAAUAACACACUGGAGACUGGCUUCCUAAGCCUACUGUGUUCCUUCUGCAUCCUCCUCCUCCAACUCUUCAACAUCGGCUGGUUCAUCACAGGGAGUGAGUGGGUGUACUCCAUAUUUCCCCCCAACUAUGAUUCGAACAGUGGAGAGAAGUACUGUCAGAGGACGAUAUACCUGUUUGCUUUCUGGUUCAACAGCCUGGGCAGCAUCUGUAUGGUUGUGGUGUUCUCCUGUGGAGUGUACUUCAUCUUCCUUACCUGUGUGAAAAUGGCAUUUAGAGGACACCAUUUAUUACAUUCACAUAAUAGAUCAUAUGGUGUGGAAGCUUGAGAACUCUGUGGCACUGAAACCUAACUAGCAUGGUUU